UUUGUUAAUCAAACGCUUCCUCGUAAUGUAUUCAAGCGCCGCUGCGAUUUCAUGCCGGAGAAAGUUGUAACUGUCAGUUUUCAUACACUAUAAUCAUUAUGAUUAAAUAACAAUUGACAUUAGAGCGUGAGUCAACAUGAAAGUUGUAGCUUUAAUCAGUGGGGGCAAAGACAGCUGCUACAACAUGAUGCAGUGUGUGGCGGAAGGACAUGAAAUAGUUGCUCUUGCAAACCUGAAACCAGUUGAGAAAGAUGAAAUAGACAGCUACAUGUACCAGUCAGUAGGACAUAAUGCCAUAGACUUGUAUGCAGAGGCGAUGGGUUUGCCAUUAUAUCGAAGAGAGAUCCUGGGUUCAUCAAAGGUCACAGGUCGUGACUAUCACCCAACCAGCGAUGAUGAAGUGGAAGAUUUGUAUGAGCUGCUGAAAACUGUCAAAAGUCAGCUGCCUGUAGAAGGUGUUGCAGUUGGUGCCAUACUGUCAAAUUACCAGAGGGUGAGAGUGGAAAAUGUAUGUCAAAGACUUGAGCUUACCCCUCUGGCGUUUCUAUGGCGACGAGACCAAGAAGAAUUACUGGAUGAAAUGAUCCGCUGCAAACUGAAGGCCAUUCUUAUCAAAGUUGCAGCUAUGGGUUUAUACCCCAAGAAGCAUCUUGGCAAAUCCCUUGAAGACAUGCAAGAGUAUUUACAAAAAAAGCAUGCAGAAUUUGACCUCAAUGUAUGUGGGGAGGGUGGAGAAUAUGAAUCUUUUACACUUGAUUGUCCACUCUUCACAAAGAAAAUUGUGCUGGAUGAAGUGGAAACAGUGAUGCACUCCGAUGAUGCUUUUGCCCCAGUGGGUUACUUGAAUAUCAAGAGGGCACAUCUACAGGACAAAGAUAAGCACGUGGAAGGCACUCAACACAGCCGUAUUGAUGAGCUUCCAAUGAAGACCAGCAGACACCUGUACAGCGAGCUGUUUGGUGAUGAUUCAGACCGGUUAGAGAUCAGUACAGAACAUUUGGAUGUGCAGAGUCCAUGCCUGUCUGCUCCUCUAUCAGGAUCUUUGAAGCCCCUCAUUAUUGUACGAGAUAACAUCUUUCCUUCGCCCGGCAAACAUAUUUGGAUUUCAAAUCUGAUUUCUUUCCCUGGUAAUGGAGACAACAUUAGUAGUCAGACAAGAACAUUGAUGGAGAAACUACGGGAAAUCCUGGCAAACUCUGAGGAGCAUUUCAGCCUUUCUGACCUUGUUUGUGUUCAUUUGUAUGUGGGCAACAUGGUUGACUUUGCUGCUAUCAACAGUGUGUACAAGACAUACUUUGGAAUCAACCCUGCUGCACGGGUAUGUGUGCAGGUGCCGCUGCCUUCUAAUGUAGGCUUGAUGAUGGAUUGCUAUGGUAGCAGUAACCAUGCAGACCGAGACACAAUGCAUGUGCAGGGUCUGUCACACUGGGCACCUGCUAAUAUAGGACCCUACAGCCAGUGUGUCAAGCUGGGACAGAGGCUUCACAUAGCUGGUCAGAUAGGCAUGGUACCAGCCAACCUCUCCUUGAUACAUGGCGGUAUCCAAUCCCAGGCCAGAUUGUCGCUACGUCAUGUUGCUAGGGUACUGAAAGCCAUGGAAACCAGCUGUUGCAUGGACAACAUUGUCUCCUGCGUUUGCUAUGUUACGCAUGAGGAGUAUAUAUCUGUUGCUAAACAUGAGCUGAAAAGAGUGACUAGCGAGAGGUUUCAAUGCAGUCCUGUGUAUGUGGUGGUUCCUAUGCUGCCUAAGGGAGCGAUGAUAGAGUGGCAGGUGUUAGCCAACAUAGGUACCAGAGAUAUUCAAGUGCAGAGACAUGUGAUGACAGACAAACAGCUUGAAUGCACUGCGGUUGCUCAUGUCUGUUCUGAUGAGAACAUCAGCCUGUCAGCACAUGUGUAUGUCAGAGACGAGUCAGACAAAACCAAGACUGAUGUUGAUGCAGCUCUGGAGAUGGCAAGAAGCUGCAGUAACAGAGUCUGUCCACAAGUGACACAGUGUGCUAACUGGACUAUUUUCUAUCCUUCACACCUGUUUAGUUAUCAGCAAAUGUUUGAAGCUUCACAGAAGUGGUGGAAAGGUGAUCCAUUUUUUCUCGUUCCAGUGACAAGGCUUGAAGAAGAAAAUAUGAUCAUCUCACUGUGUGCUUAGUAAUACAUUGGUUACUUACUGUAACAAUUCUGGUCUUGCCAGUACUUUGUAGCUUUGUAUACUAGAAUAAAGAUUUCAAUCUGUU